AUGAAAUAUUCAACUGUUUUCGGGUCCUUGACUGUGGCUGCUCUUUCAGUAGGGUCGUCUUUGGGACACAGAUUCCUCAUGCGUCGCGAUGAUGGGGGUUCCUCAUAUCCCACAAAUACCGAAGGGACCAAGAGCACCGACGUUAUCUUCCAACAAUCUAGCGAGACGUACACCAAGACCGUUGAAGUGGUUCAAUCAAGCUGUGACAAGCAUGAUACCACAACCAUCUACAGCUCCAUGAGUGUACUUGAGACAUCUAUCAAAGCGGUGGAAGAAACCACUCAACAAUCUACCUUUGACGCUAACACUGCGACAACUCACAAGUCAUUAGUAGUCAAGAUUAUUGCGUCCUACAGUUCAAUUGUCACAGUCCUUUCCACAUACCCUGACGUAGAAAAUGGGUGCCAUGAAUCCUUGAAAAAGAUCACCACUUAUACUCAAUCAAUUGUCGACGUCUACAUGAAAUACGGAAUUUGUCUACGAGAAGAUGUAGAAAGUGCUGGUGGUUUCAACCAGCAAGCUUUUGAUAAACUAGACUUGGAGCUAGACCUCAAAGCUGAAAGUCAAACCAAAACAGAACAGACUGUUACCGAAGAUCCUUCGAAACCAGAAGAUUCUACCACUGAAGAUCCGUCCCAACAGACUGGAAAUGAUAAGACUGAUGCAGAAGGGGUUGAUAAUCAACUUACAAACUCAGGAGAAAAAAGGAUCUAA